CCACAGCUGAGAGCAAAGCCUUUUCAAAACCCAAGGCCCCCAGGUGAUUCCCACUAAGCAGUCAUUCCCCCCACCUCCCCUCCCCUCCUUCAAGGGCACAGCUCAGGCCACACCCAUCAUAGAAAGAGCCUCUCCCCAGGGAAUCAGGCUGACAUUCUUUGUUUCUAGAAGUUCCCGCCCUAAAUCCUCCCUUUCUGAGGUUUCAGGCUGCAGCUCCGGGCUCCUAAAUGCAGGUCUUCCUCCUACGUUAUUUCAGAAACCCUCAGACCCUGGGUCUGGUAGCCCAGUUGGCGGGUCCAUUAAUGUCUCUCGUGAAUUGUUCUGCGGCCUGCUCUCUGUAACGCAAGAAGAAAGGAGAAGAACUCGCAGGGGUGGUCUGCAACGGGCGUGCAGGAAAGGUAUUUUCUCAACAUGUAGUUAUGAGUUUGCAACAUAAUAUCCCCAGAGAAGACGCAGAGCAGGAGGAAGAAGAGGAGGAAAUGGCAGCUUCUCAGGGACGGCUGAGGUUCCAGGAUGUGGUCAUAGAUUUCACUCUAGAGGAGUGGGAGUGCCUCGACCUCGGUCAGCGGGAAUUGUACAGGGACGUGAUGUUGGAGAACUACAGGAACCUGGCCUCCUUGGGUCUCGUAGUCUCUAAGCCGGACCUGGUCACCUUUCUGGAGAAAAUGAGGGAUCCUCAGGAUGUAAGGAGAAUGGAGACAACAGCGAUACACCCAGGUCUUCUUGUCUCUAAGCCAGAUCUGGUCAUCUUUCUGGAGCAAAGGAAGCAUGUGUGGGAUGUAAGGAGAAUGGAGACAACAGCCACAUACCCAGCUGUGUCAUCUCAUAACAUGCAAGAUUUGAUGCCAAAAAGUCCAGAGUUAGAAGAUUUAAUCUCCAAAGCAAAGCUAGAAAUAUAUGAAAGAGUUCACCUUGGCAACUUAUAUUUAAUGAAAGACUGCAAAUAUACAAGGGCAUGUGAAGGACAGAGAGGAUGUUUACAUGGAUAUAAAGAAAUUGAGACAGUUUCCCAUAAUGCAAACGUUAGUGCCAACAGAAAUCAAGGAUAUGAGUCAAAUUGGGAAAAACAGCCAUUUGAGACAUCAACAUCUGCAGAGACGUGUAUGUUGGUAAGAAAAAACCCUCCUUGUUGUUUGAAACACACAUGUUCUCUUGAGAAAAAUGUGGAAAAUCUGGAAAGUCAUCCAGUUUCUACUGCAAAUAAUCAUUCACACAAUUCUGAACAUAGGCUUCAUUUAAACAUACAUUCAAAAAAUGCUGAAAACCAGAAAUUUAAAAAUGAGGGGGAAAAUUCCCAAUAUAAUCAAUUUAAUGAAUCUUUUAGCAAGGGUUUAUUAUUCCUCAACCAACAGAUAUUUUCUGCCCAUUCCAAAAUCUGUAAUGUUGAUAAUACCAGGAGAGACCUUAGUGAACCAUCACUGUCCAAUACACGUGGAGGUAUACUUAGUGUGGAACGACUUUACAAGUGUAGUAAAAUGAGUAAUGCCUUACAUAAGAGCCCUACUCCCAAUAAUUACAAGAGUAUGUAUGAUGGAGUGAGAAGCUAUUCAUGCAAUGAAACUGGGUAUAACCUUGACCAAGACCCAAAUGUUAUGAAAUAUCAGGGACUUCAAUUAUCAAUGAUUCUAAAAGUAAUCAAUGUAGGAAUGUCUUUUAUCAAAGCUCAAAUCUUACUAGUUAUAAGAGCAUUCAUAUUGGAGUGAAAAA